AUGCCUCCUAAGAAGCUGACGAAGGUUGUUCCCAAGAGUAACCUGGAGCUGUCUGACUCGCAAAAGGCCACGGAGACUUCCCCUCGUCCGAAGGAGCCUGCUGAUGACGUGUUGCUCACGCCUCGGCAGCCUGCUACGGAGUGUUCUGAGCCGUUGGUGGGGAAUUCGUCCCAGCCUUCGCUGCUUGAGCGUCUGUCAGCGCUCAAGGUCAAUGGCCUCAAGGAUGACAAAGGAAAGCUGCCAGUCGACGAUGAGGCUGCUGUUCACUCUCCGCGGCUGGCCUCCUCUUCACGAUCCCACGAAGAUGAGCUUCCUGAUGAACCUGUCAUGGAGGACGAGGACGAGGGUUAUCUCAGUGAUGACCCAGAUGAAGGAGCGGACCCUGAGUCAUUGAGUAUUGUUGCUUCUAAGCUGAAACAUACGCUGACGCUACUUGUUCCUUUCAGGCAUGAGUCAGAAGUGCCUAGGACAGCUGAUUCAGUUGCGGCUCACCUCGAUCACUGGAAGGAUGAUAUCUCUAAGGAAGCUCAGACUACUACGAAGUUCCAGAAGUUGACCCCGAUGUACCUGUCCAAGACGCAUUUUGGCCGUCUGCAAGUUGUCUUCACCUCGGAGGAUGACGCGUACUACGUCAGGCAGCGGAAGGUUGAGCAUGUCACACUCAAGGGUGAAACGCUGGAGUUGAGGUGGCAGUUCCCGGAAGACGCUACGUACAUCCAGCUGCAAGCGCUUCAUCCGCAGGCGAUAGAGGUGGUGCUGAAGGGGGUGUCCGCGGAGGUCACUCCAGAUGUUGAUGCCUGCGAGAAGGCACACGGCUCCAGCUUCGAAAUUGUUGCGGCCCAUGUCGCGUCCUUCCGCCACAAGACCAACCGUACCAAGGCAGGUGCUGCCACUCGUGCGAGCAAGGGUGCUCUCGGCGUCGCGGCUCUGAAGAAGGAGUUUCUCAAGUGA